AUGGGCGCAACCAAAAUUUUAAUGGACAGUACUCAUUUCAAUGAGAUCCGUAGUAUAAUCCGUUCGAGGUCAGUCGCAUGGGACGCUUUAGCCAGAUCUGAGGAAUUGAGCGAAAUUGAUGCGUCUACUGCAAAGGCGUUGGAAUCCAUUCUAGUGAAAAAGAACAUUGGUGACGGUUUAUCAUCGUCGAACAACGCGCAUUCCGAGUUCAAAGUGAAUGGCAAUACGUUGAUACCAUUGAUUCACUUGCUUUCCACCUCAGAUAACGAAGACUGCAAAAAAUCCGUGCAGAACCUAAUAGCUGAAUUGUUGUCAUCAGACAAGUAUGGCGAUGAUACUGUGAAGUUUUUUCAAGAGGACCCUAAGCAAUUGAAACAAUUAUUUGACGUGUCCCUCAAGGGAGACUUCCAAACCGUACUAAUCUCUGGGUUCAACGUGGUCUCACUCUUAGUGCAAAAUGGGUUGCACAAUGUGAAACUCGUGGAAAAGCUAUUGAAGAACAACAACUUAAUCAAUAUCUUGCAGAAUAUUGAGCAGAUGGACACUUGUUACGUGUGCAUCAGACUAUUGCAAGAACUGGCCGUGAUAUCAGAGUAUCGUGACGUGAUAUGGUUGCAUGAAAAGAAGUUCAUGCCCACUUUAUUCAAGAUUCUGCAACGCGCCACGGACUCUCAAUUGGCCACGCGGAUAGUUGCAACAAACUCCAACCACCUGGGUAUUCAAUUGCAGUACUACUCCUUACUAUUGAUAUGGUUGUUGACUUUCAACCCAGUUUUUGCAAGCGAGCUAGUCCAGAAAUACUUGAGUGAUUUUUUGGACCUCUUGAAAUUGGUUAAAAUAACCAUAAAGGAGAAAGUGUCCAGAUUGUGCAUAUCCAUCAUCUUGCAAUGCUGCUCUACGCGCGUCAAGCAGCACAAAAAGGUGAUUAAACAACUUUUGUUACUCGGCAACGCGUUGCCCACCGUGCAGAGCUUGAGCGAAAGAAAGUAUUCCGAUGAAGAAUUACGCCAAGACAUCAGCAACCUUAAGGAAAUCCUUGAAAACGAGUACCAAGAAUUGACCUCCUUCGAUGAGUACGUCGCGGAAUUGGACUCCAAGUUGCUGUGCUGGUCCCCCCCACAUGUCGACAACGGCUUCUGGUCCGAUAACAUUGACGAGUUCAAGAAAGACAACUAUAAGAUCUUUAGACAAUUGAUUGAACUUUUGCAAGCAAAGGUCCGCAAUGGCGACGUCAACGCGAAGCAAGAAAAGAUCAUUAUCCAAGUCGCCUUGAACGACAUCACUCACGUGGUCGAGCUUUUACCAGAGAGCAUUGACGUUCUCGACAAGACUGGCGGCAAAGCCGACAUCAUGGAGUUGCUGAACCACUCAGAUUCUAGGGUGAAAUACGAGGCCCUCAAGGCCACGCAGGCAAUUAUUGGAUAUACGUUCAAAUAA